AUGCAAACUGGAAGCUACCAAACUGUGUUUGACAUCUUUGAUCCAGAUAUAUUAGAAGGAAAACGUGUUGUGUUGACUGGAGCAUCUACAGGAAUUGGAGAACAAAUGGCCUACCAUUAUGCCAGCCACAAAGCCAACCUUCUGAUAACAGCACGAAGAGAAAAUUUAUUGAAGAAGGUGAUUAACCAUUGUAAAACUGUUGGUGAGCCAAAUGGAAUCUAUAGUUACAUCACUGCAGACAUGAGCAACAUGUCAUCAACAGAAAUGGUAAUCAAGGAAGCUGUGGCCAAAAUGGGUGGCAUUGAUUACCUUGUCCUGAACCAUAUUAAAGAAAUUUCUCUUGGAGAAUGGAGUGGUUCUUCAGAUAACUUAACUAUGCUGUCUAAUCUCUUUGAUAUCAACUUCAAAGCUUAUGUCCAUCUUGCAUCCUAUGCAUUACCACUAUUAGAAAAAAGUGGAGGAAGCAUUAUUGUUGUCUCUUCUAUAGCAGGGAAAUUUGCUCAACCAUAUGUGUCUGCCUAUUCAGCCACUAAAUUUGCUUUGGAUGGCUUCUUCAGUGGUCUUCGCCUUGAACUUGAGUUAAAGAAAUGUGAUGUCUCUAUAACAUUAUGUGUUAUUGGAUUAGUUGGUACUGACAAUGCAGUGAGCAAACUGAAAGAGUUUGAAAGAGGGAAUAUAUUGGAUAUUGUGAAACCAGCACUUCCUGAGGACGCUGCAAUGGCCAUUAUAAAAGGUGGAGCCUUACGGAAACGAGAGAUCUAUUUCCCAUACUUCUCAGCAAAGGCAAUUACAGUCAGCAGAGAUUUGUUCCCAAACUUGUUAGAAAAAUUUAUGAAAUACAUCUAUCAUUAA